AAUACCAGAUAGCGUUGUAAUUUCAACAAUUUCUGUCAUUUCAACUUGAAAAUCUGGCAACAGAUGAAUAUUUACAAUUAAAUUUCAGCGUGAACUUCAAAAUUUAUAUUUACCUGUAAUAAGUUUUAUUUCAACGAAUAUAAAAUGCUUAUAACUAUAACUCCAGUAUUAAAUGUGAUUCAAGAACUGUAACAUUGCUGUUUUGUAAUAAAAUGAAAAACUGGAUGCAGUAAAUUAAAAUGGAAACUAAUGGUGUUGAACAAAUGGAAAUCGAUGAAGGUGAACAAAUUGAUAAUCAAGUUGUAGAAUUACAAACUUUAUUCAGUUUUGCUGAAAGAAAUGAUAUUAAAAGCAUUGCCGUUAAUAUCAUAAAUAAAGAAAACUACAGUGACAUCAUAAAUAUGAGACAUGAUGGUAAAAGAGUUAUUGAUAAGGCUUGGAAAGAUAAUUAUUACGAUCUUGUACUUGUACUUUUAUUGGGAGAUUCUUAUUUCCCUGAAAAUUUUAUUUUGGAUGAUAAUGUCAACAACAUUUUUCAAUCCAAAAUUAUGGGUAUUGCUAGUGGGGUAAACUCUUUUCAUGAUCAAAUUAUACGUCAUAAAGAGUUAAAAGACACCAUGAAGGCUAUUGCAGAUGUUAAAAUUCUAUAUAAAGAAUCUUUUUCCUGUUUGGCAGUUAAUUAUGGGUUUACUAGUUAUUGUGAUUGCUAUGCACCAAAAUAUUACUUUAACACUUCUUCUAAUUCUGCAGCAUUAACAGCCAUUGAAUAUAAAAGAUAUGAUGUUUAUUCCUAUUUAAUGACCCUACAUUUUUAUAUGAAAAAGGAAGAAUAUCAAAUUUUUGAUCUAUUGCCAAAAAAAGUAUCAAAUAAAACAUCAGAGUUUUUAGAAGGACUUUUUCAUUUUAUAGGUUCUGCUCAUGUAUCGUUUUUGUUGUCAAGAACAAAAAUGCUUAAAACAGAUUCUUCCGCUUAUGAAAAAAUUCGUUAUUUUUAUUCACUGCUUGAUAAAAUUCCAGAGGUUUCAAAUAUUUUAAAGGCUUUAAAACAUUGUGAUCGUAUUGUAAUAAACGUUGAUUUACGUAAUGAAAAAGCUAGUGAAAUGGAUCCCAGGUGCUUACAAACCUUUGGACAUUCAUAUGUUUGGCAUGGACAAGUUUAUGCUGCUUUAGGAAGGGGAGAAAAGUUGGCAUUAGGUACUUUAUCUCAUGAAUUUGCCCAUUUAGCUAUGUUUGAAGUGUUUCGAAAUGAGUCUAAGCCUUAUGAAAAACAAGAUAUUUCAAGUGAGCAAACAUUUAAACAAUUGACACUAGAAACCAAAAAUAGUUGGAAAUUUGUAAAUACAAAAACUGAAGAAGAACAGGGAAUGAAAAAUAUUAUUGGAGGUGCUUUUGGGUAUCCAGAAUCUGAACAUGAAGUUGAACUUAUUGCUCGCAUUGUAGAAAUAUUUGCUGUUUAUGAAGAUCAAGGAAAGAAGUGGAUUGAAUUCAAUUUUUGCCACUUAUUUUCAUUUUUUCAUGAAGUCCUUUUAAAAAUUCAAAGGGCUAUUAAUCUUUGGGAAGUACAUAAGCCUAGUAAAGAUUUAAAAUUAAUAAAUCAAUAUGCUGGUUAUGAAAAAGAUGAAAAGAUACAGCUAGUAGCUGAUCAUACAAUCGAAUUCACAUUCCGUAAUUUUCUUAAAUCUGAUGAUUGGAGCUUUUGUCAUAUUAGUGAUGCAUACACGUGUGCACAAUUAUGUAAUUUUUUGUAUGUAUUUUUUAAAAAUAUAAUCAAGGAAAAGUCACCUGAUGAUUAUUAUUUUUUUACUUUUGAUGUGUGUAACAAACAUUUAGAUGAUAUCAUUGUAGCGUUUGCUGCUGCAAAAGUCAAUUUAAUUACUCUACUGUUUACAGAAAUUAAAAUUGAAAAGGAACGAUUGCGGGAAAUAUUGUUGAAGUUUUUUGAAAUUACUCUCUCUUCUACAAAGAAAAUUAUUUUUUUGGUCUUUGAUGAGAAUCGUUCUGAUUUUGCAGAAGCUUGGGACCGUGCAUUUUCACUCAUGGAAAAGGACAAACAGGCGGCUGCCGCUUGCUUUGAAAAAAAAUAUGGAGACAGCUUUAAAUCAGUAAAAAUUGAAAACCUGGAAAGUUUUAAAUUUGAGAGCAUUAAGCAUCAGCCCAUCAACAUGCAACUCACUCUUAAGGAUUAUGACUUAAACUCUCAAACUUAUAUCUUACAAAAAGAAAAUAUAAUAUUUCAAGGCAAAGUUACAAGUUUAUGCAAACUUCUCAAUAUUCAGAAUGUUGAGAUUAUAAGUGAUAGCAAAUUAGACUUUCUUCUAAAUUUAGAACCUAAAGUUAUACAAAGACUUAUUAUUGGUGAAAAUGUUCAUAUUGGAGAAAAUUUUCCAUCAUAUAACAAUAGCUAUUAUAUUUCACGAAAUUUCAGUCAAGUAGAAAUAAAACAAGCUAUUCAAAGAAGUAAAUCUUUUGGUGAUAAAGUAUGUUUUUCCAGAGAGGAGUUUGAAAAUUUUAGCAGUCUUUUUCCAGAGGAAAAUAUCCAUUGGCUGGAAAGGAAAUCUACAACUCUUGUUUGGCAAAAAACUCGUGGCUCUAUUUUAUCUUUGUAUGAGUAUAUUGUUAGAAAUCAAAAUGUGUCAACAUUGUGUUCAGAAUCAGAUCUGUUGCGUUUGCAAAGUCAGUUGAAAGUGAUAAUUAUUUCUGAUGAAGCCGGAAUGGGAAAAUCUACUGUUCUUUCCUAUUUAUGUCAGGAAAUUUACAAAUUGAAUGCAAAUGAUAUUCCCCCAAACUGGAUUUUCAGAGUGAAUUUGAAUGACUAUACUCGAAUAUUGAGAGAAUACAUGGAGGAUAGCAAAAUGUCAAUUGAGAUGCUUGCCAAUUACAUGCUUAAGUUAAAUGAACCCUUGGAUCAGAUGUUAUUUCAUUCUGGGUUAAUAAAAACUGUUGUGAUGUUUGAUGGAUUUGAUGAGAUCUGUCCAACAUAUGAGGCUAUAGUAAUCGAGUUAAUUAAAUAUUUAUUAAAUAAGGUUAAUAAUCUUUGGAUAUCUACUAGACAGAAUAAGAAAAAUGAACUUGAAAAAGAGUUUCAAGUAUUUGCUUUUUCAUUAAUACCAUUUUCAAGUAAUAAAGAACAAUUUGAACUUUUAAAUAAAAUUUGGGUUUCUAAAUUAAAAGAAGAAAAUAUUGUAUGUAGUGAAAAUGAGGAGUCCAAGAAGUUGGAUUUGUAUUGUAACGAUAUAAUAAAUAUUUUUUCAAAACAAACAACCAUUGAAAACAGAGAUAAAUUUCUUAGUAAACCAUUGCAUUUGAUAAUGGUUGGUGACAUAUUUUACAAAAACGAAAAAAAAUGUUUAGGAACGUUUAAAAGUGUCAAAGAUUUUAUAACCAGCAGAAUGGAUAAGCCAGAGCUAAAGGAAAACUUUGAUGUCUUAGAUCUUUAUGAAUCUUUUUUGAGAAAACUUCUUUAUGAAUAUUAUCUUGUAGGCAAAUUAGAUUAUGAUUUAUCUAAAAUUGAUACAAAUCCUAUAAAAAUUUGUGAAAAUAUCUAUUUUAAUUGUCAAAUUGCUGCUUUAAAACGUUUGACGAUUUCAACUCAUUUAUUUCAUAUAAAUGAAGAUUUAUUUGAAGAGUUCAGGAAGGAAAUUAUUGAUGGAACUUUAAAAAUUGGUUUUUUGCAUUGUAAUUCUUUUGACAAUACAUUGCAAUUUACUCACUUAACCUAUGCGGAAUACUUAGCCUCUGUUUUUAUUGCUGAACAACUUAUUCAAUCUGUUGGUAAAGAGUUUCAUGACAUUAUUGCACUCGUUAACAGACUUUUACCAAACAAUUCUUUAUUGUUCCUAAAAAGUUUUUGGAAAUGUUUAAUGAAACAUGAGAAUAAAUUCUUUGAGAUACUUAAGGAAGCAACAUUUUUUGAUUUUGCUGUAAAAAAUGGAUUCAUGAAUAUUAUUCGUGCUAUCAUGGAAAUUGAAAUAGAUACCAUGUUUAAUAAUAAGGAAUCGGGCAUAACCGGUUUGCAUCUUGCUACAAAAUCUGGUGAGGCAAACGUUGUGAAGUAUUUUUUGGGCCCUCAGGUUAAUCUUUAUUCCAAUACGCAAAAAAAUAAAAAUGCUUCCAAGUGUAUUAACAUUAAUGAGAAAGAUUCUUAUGGCCAUACAGCUUUGUACUAUGCCGUUGAAAAUGAAAGAUUUGAAAUUGGUUAUGAUUUAUUAAUUAAUGGAGCUGAUUGUUCUAGCCUUGAUGAUAAUAGACUUGUUUAUUCAUUUGUUUGCUACAUAUUUAAAAAAAUUUUCAUUUCAGAAUUUAAAUUAUUUUUUAAUUUUCAUAAGAAUCCACUUAGAGAAACAAAUCAUUUAGUUAAAGUUUUAGAAAUUUUUUUUAAACAUUUUUGUGAUUUUUAUUAUGAAAUACCAUCUGAAUCGAGAAUUGUUUCAAUGUAUCAGUUUUUUUGUUUUUUUCUUUGGCAUGGACGUACACUUGUGCUCAAACAUAUAACUGAAUGCCUAGAUUAUAACGAUAGAAAAGACAUAUUUUUGUAUACUGAUGGAAGACAAACAAUUUUGGAAGUUAUCAGUAAAAGUAUAUACUUGAAUGAUAAUGAAAAGCUAGAUAUACUAAUCUUCAUGAUUAACGGUGAUCCUUAUUUAAAGAAAACAAUUGAAGACAAUGAUGAAUUUUUAGAACAGAUUGUAGAACAGGGAAGUCUUAAGACUUUUAUGUAUUUCACCAAUCAUCGGAAUCAUAGUAUCCCUAUUAAAUUCCUUAUAUCUGCCCUUAAGAACUCCCACUUUAUAUUUGUAUGGUAUUUAUUAAAAAGGAAUUGUUUCAAAUCUGAUGAUACUAAAAUGUCUCCAUUGUGUUUAGCCAUAAAGUCAAAUGCAUGUUUAAAGCUGAUAAAGUACAUAUAUUCUGUAAGAAGUGAUACAGAAACAAAAAAAUGGUCUGACAGAAAUAUUUUAAAGUUUGCUAUAUCUGAGAAGCAAAAUUGCCAUUUAAUAAAUUUUCUGCUGAAUCUAAGUUCUGAGGAUAAUUUAAUUUGCUCAAAAAAAAAUUAUCCUCAGGUAUUAAAUCUUUUGCUUGAUUGUGGUGCGCAUGUUUAUGAUGAUGAUAUGUUUAUAUCAGAAGAGAAUAUGUUUCAAAUAUAUUUCAAUCUUAGUGACUCUACAAAUUUAAUUUCUGCAAUAAAAAAUAAAAACUUUGAGUGGAGUGAAUUUUUUAUACGUCGUGGAGAUGAUGUUAAUCAACAGGAUGAGUAUGGUAAAACACCUUUACAUUGGGCAUGUUAUGUUAGAAAUUUCGAUAUUGUUAAACUCCUCCUUCAGCAUGGAGCCAUGUUUGACGCAACUGAUUUUAAGACACAUAAACCAGCUGCAGAAUUAAAAACAAAUGCUGGUCCUGAUUCAAUAAUUGCUCAAAUGAAGAUUGGAAAACUUUUAGAUGAAAUGUCACAGUUAUUUAAUUCAAACGAAUGUCACAAUUUUGAAGCUCAUGAAAAUAUUGCCUGUUACUUUUUAAAUGCUAGAAAUUUUGAAAAAAGAACAUUAUUGCAUAUUGCAGUAAAGAAAAAUAAUAUCAAUACUGUGACAAAAUUGUUAGAUUUUAAUCAAAAAUAUUUGGAAAAGAAACUUAAAUGGAUUCAUAUGAAUGAUGAAAGUUGCGAAAUGUAUCGAAAUUACCAGCCUUUUUCUGUUGAUUCUGUGGAUAUAGAAGGGAAUUCUCCUUUACAUAUUGCAUGUAGGAAUAAUAAUAAACGUAUUAUUAAUACCCUCUUACGUGAGGGAGCCAUUUUCAAUAUCAAAAAUAAUGCUGGGAAAACUCCAAUUGAUCUAUCAAAAGAUUAUAAACAUUUAUUAACUUCAACUGAAGCUUGUUUUGAGGAUGUUAAGGAUGGAAAAUCAUUGAAUCUUGUUGGAAUUCUUCAGCAAUGCUUAAAUGUAAAAAACAUUGAAGGUGACUCGUUUUUGCAUCAAACAAUUAAACACAAACGUCAGGAAUUAUUUGUAUUUUUGUUAGGAAGAGAUAUUAACUUGAACUGUCAAAAUUUAGAUGGUUAUACACCACUUCAUUUAGCUGUUAAACAUAGUAACAUUUGUAUGAUUAGAAGACUACUGCAAAGAGGUGCCUUUUUCAAUGCUUUCAGUAAAGAACUCAAAACCCCUUUGGAAUAUGCUAAUGGUCUGACUGAUUUAUCAUUAAAAAAGUAUCUUGAUCUAAUAAAUGAAAUGUUUAAGAUAGUAUUGAGUGAUAGUCCUGAAAGAAUUUUGAACCAUAUUGAAUCUAUUCAGCAGUGUUCUAUACCUUUACCUAUAAUAGUUAAUGCUUAUGAUAGAAGAAGUCAUUGUGUUUUGCAUUAUGCUACUAAGUUUUCACACUUUUCUGUUGUUAGAAUUUUAUUAGAAAAUGGUGCUAUGUACAACUGUAAAAACCUUUGGGGUGAAACCUCUAUGGACAUCGCCUCUAGCCUACAUAUAAAACAACUUCUCCAGUUAAUCCAUGAUUUGUUCUGCAAUUUUGAUAUGUUGGAUGAGAUAAAGGGUGAAGUUGGCUUUAAAAUGAUUAAAAAUGUGCGGAAUGAAAAGGGAUUAACUUUAUUGCACAUUGCUGCAAUAGAAAACAAUCAAAAUCUAGUUGUAAAGUUAAUCAAAUCUGGAGCAGAUGUUCAUGCUGAAGAUAUGUAUGGUAAAGAUAUUUGCCAUUAUGCCAAGAGAAAUGUUAAGAAUAUUAUAAAACAGUACAUAAAAAUGCAAGAGUAUAUUCAUGAUGGAGAUUUGAAUGAUGCUGAAAAAAUAUGGAAAAAAUUGAAAAAAUUUUAUCAAAGGUUUUCGGUAAAAAAGGAAAGCAAAGGUCUCAAUCAAAAAUCCAGUCGAUCUAGAUCUCAACCUGGCAAACGUAGACUUGUUCGUUCACCUUCUACUGGUGCUAAGAAGUCUCGAAUUGCUGCCUCACAAGAUCAAAGGUUUUCGGUAAAAAAGGAAAGCAAAGGUCUCAAUCAAAAAUCCAGUCGAUCUAGAUCUCAACCUGGCAAACGUAGACGUGAACGUUCACCUUCUACUGGAGCUAAGAAAUCUCGAAUCGCUGCAUCACAAGAGGAAACUAACAAUGAUCCAGAAUCCAAUCCACCGAGAACCCAAUCUGAUGAAUCUUCUCUUGCUUGCUUGCCAUCUACUAGCUCUAAAAAACCACAAACUGCUAUUGCACAAGAGGAAAUUAACAUGGCAAUUAACAAUGAUUUGAUAUCCAAAGCACCUGGAACUCAAUCUAAUGAAUCUUCUAUCGCUCAAUUGCCAUCUACUGGCUCUAAAAAAGAACAAAAUGCUAUUUCACAAGAAAAGUAUGAAAGUCUUGUGUUCCAGUUGACUGAUAUGGGUAUUUCUAUGAAAGAAAGCAAAAGAGCUUUGCAUGAAACACAGAAUAAAGGAAUUGAAGAAGCUCUGGAUUGGUAUUUAGAUCAUAUAAAUGAAGAUUUUAAUGAGCCACUAGCAGAUAAUUCUAAAGCAGCUGAAGCAAUCGAAGCAAUAGUUAUGAUGGGCUUUACUUCGGAUCAAGCUUCAAUGGCUUUAGAAGCAACAAAUAAUAAUUUGGUAAAAGCUGUAAGCUGGAUUUUUCAAUCGAGACAUGAAAAUGGACAUUGAUAUUAACUCAUUAUUGCCUGUAUUUUUUUUCAACUUUGUUUUCUGCUUGAUUAUAUGAAAUGCUGUUAAAUGAAAGCAAAAAUAUUAAUAAAAAAAAUGUAAACUUUAAAAAAAUAUUUACUCUAUAAAAAUCAAAAUGUUUCAAUUUUGGGACGUAAGACAUGAAUGCUUAUACGACCCAUUUAAAGAUAACUCCCACUUUGAGUAAAACAAAUAAGAACAUAUGAAAAUACCAUUAAAAACUGAUUCAAUUAAGUUCUUUUUAAUAAAAUAAGAAUUUCAGUUUCUUUAGAAUUUAUCUUGUAUGAAAGUCUUUGAAAUUAUUUUCAUGUUGUCCAAUUUUUGCAUUGACUGCCUUUUCAAAUGACUAUUUUAGUUUAUUAUUAUAUGUUUAUGGACCUAAUGUAUUCCUUUUAUAAAAUAUUUUUUAUAAUUUUUACUUUUAUAAUGUUCUACCUAAUUCCAGUAACUUAUUAUUAUUAUUUUUAAGUUUCCCUAUGACUUCCUUACUACACAAUUUAGUAAGAGUAUUUUAUUAUUAAUUUGUAAGGAAACAUAAUGUAUUAUACAUUAAUUUAUUCAUAUCCUUCUGCUUACCUAUUAUUUUAUAACUAUGUAAUUAUUUAAAAAAAAGAGCUGUGCCAGAGAUGCCAACUUGCUCCAGACAGCAAAUAUUUUAAAGUGGUAGUUAAUCAAUUGUGAUUUGUGGUUUAAUAAAUUCAAUUUAGUAGAUUUUUAUCCACCAUUUCUAAAUAACUUGUAGGCUUAUAUAAUUCACCACUUUAUAGUAGUUAUGUCAUGCUAUACCUUUUAAAAAACAAGCAAAAAUAGUCACAUAUUUGCAAAAUUUAGUUUGUAGUUAUUUACUGUUUCUUUUAAUUAUUUUGGCGUGUCCAAACAAUUCUUUUGACUACAUUUUAACUUUUUAUCAAAUUAUGUAAAUAAAGAACCAAAAACUAAUCUUUGACAAAUGAAAUUUUUUGUAAAAAGCAAAGCACUUUGCCAUAUUACAAAUAUCUGGACGCAAUACUUUUAGUAGCACUCAAAGUUACGAAUUUGUUUGAUCUUCACUUGAAUUAGUUACAUUGAUAGUGUUGUAAUUAUAUCUGAAUUGAUCUACAUUUGCUUAAUACCAAUAACUGAAUUACAAAAAUAAGAACAAAAUAGCCUUCAUACUUAAAAGACAAGAGGGUCAUAUUUUAUAUACUAAAUGAUGUCAAUCAAUUUACACUUUAAAAAAUCAUGCUUAAAGAACCUUCAAUUUAUGGGAAAGAAAAUUAUUAAUCUCUUUCGUAUAAUCAUAAAUAUAUAUUCUUAAAUAUGCUUCAAUUUAAAUUUUUCGUCUACUUUAAAAUGUUAUUAAAUUAUGUACAUA